AACCCACCCAGUCUCCAAUCCCAAUUUCCAAACCAACAACAUGAGGAUCGUCGAUCCUCAAUCCGCCGUCCUCUCAAACAUCGAGGUCCUAGCCUACCUAACCGCCAACCCGCCCCGACGACCCCCCAACCCGCCGCCCAACUCCCGACACUGGGUUCCCAGCCCCGACCUCCGCGACCACAAUACCGUUGUCAAGGAGAUCCACAACUACGUCUCGCGCCUCUCCCCACACCUCCAAUCCUACCCGCAAUACACGCACAUCCCGCUGGCGGAACUCGAGGCGCAGGCCCAGGCCCAGGCCAACUACCACAACAACAGUAACAGCAACAACAAAGACACCGCCGCGUCGGCGCCACCGACGCUCCUGCCCCCGAAACUCCUCAACAAGCCUACCCCCGUCGAUCAUGCGCUCCGGGACCUCGUUACCCGGUUGCAGCCCUACGGCCUUACCAAGGGUGAGGUGCUCAUGAUUGUUAACUUGGGGAUUGGGUUGAUUCCGGUGGCGGCUGCUGAGGAGGGGGAGGGGGAGGAGGGGGAGGAAUAUGAGGAGGAGGUGGUGGAGGAGGAGGAAGAGGGUGGAGAGGGAGAGGGGGGUCAGCAGCUGGAGGAGAUGGAGGUGGAUGAUGGGGCCACUAAUGGGGGCCAGGAUGCUGAAAAUGGGGGAGCAGGCAGUGGAGAGUUGGCGGAGGAGGAUUACGGGGCUAUGGCUCUGUUGGAUACCGUGAUCGAGGAGCGGGAGGAACGGUUGAGUGAGGCGGAUGUGGCGGGGAUUCUGACUAUUAUUCGGGAGACGUUGGGUGGAGGGGCCGCUGCGGCUGCGAGGUGAGAUGGAUGGAUGCUUAGGUUCUCUACGGACUUGGAGAAAAAGUGUUGGUAGUGGAUUUUAUAUACCCGUUGUGUUACAUUAAAGACAUUGUCUUGAAAGAGAUCCAGAUGACAUG